GAUUUAUGCUUCCGCGUUACACCGACGCAGAGCCUACGGCGUAGGCUACGCGUAACCCUACGGCGUCGAUUUAACGAGUUGCGCUCCAGUCGGGUGCUCGGCCAGUGAUUUCCGCGGUGCCCCGGUGCGCUCAUUGGUGCGUCCUUCCAACGUGUCACCACUUUUGGUGGAUUACCCCAUUUAUCUUCAGCAUCAGGAGGGCGAGACACCACUCUGCUUCUUCCUCAGCUCCGGUCCUUCACUUCUCCAGCAGCUGACAACAUUUUGGGGGGAACAGCAACUCAGAAAGAAACAUUUUUAGAAGUUUUUUAUUUGCUGUCCCGAGAACUCCACGCGUGUUUUCGCCACAAUGCUUUUAUUAACUUCAUACAGGAGGAUGACAUCGUCCUUUUCACUUGUGACAUUUCUUUUUCUGGCACCCUUGCUGUUCAAGGGGCUCUGGGUCGACUGCUCCCCGGGGUGCGCGUCCUGCCGCUUGCCGGGGAUGGACAAAGGCGCAGAGGAGAGGAUGAUGAUAGAAAUAGCCAAACAGCAACUUUUGGAGAAGCUGCACCUGAAAGAGAGACCGAACAUCACUCACACGGUGCCCCGGGAGGCGCUGCUCACGGCGCUGCGCAAACUGCACUCCGGGCGCGUCAAACCCGAUGGCACCAUUGAACUAGAAAACAACUUACCAACCAAAGAUCAAGGCUACGAAAUUGUGAGCUUUGCAGAUAUAAAUGAGUCAGAGAGGGGUGACACGGCCAGCCUUAGCCUCACCUUCCAGUUUCUGCAGGAACGUGGAAAGAGUAUCCAGGUCCUCCAGUCCUCCCUCUGGAUCUACGCCCAAUCAUCCCAGGACCGUCACCGCGACUCCCGCCUGCUCGCGAGGGUCUUCCUCUCCGCAGAUGGAGGGAGCUCGGGCUCUAACCGCACCCUGGUGAUAGAGAAGAUGCUGGAGGUUCAGGAAAGUAACUGGCACACUUUCCCCAUCACCCGCACCCUGCAAUCUUUCUUGGAUGGAGGCCAAAGGCGGUUGAUGCUCGAGGUCAGCUGCGAAGAAGAUGGAAAGAACCUUUGCUCCCUAGAAGGUUCUGCAGACACCCCUAACCAGCCCUUCCUGGUGGCCCAGGUGCGUCUCCGCGACGACCACUCCAGGCACGUAAUCAAGAAGCGCACAUUGCGCUGCGGUGACGAUGUAACAGUCUGCUGCAAGAGAGACUUCUACAUCAAGUUCAAGGACAUUCAGUGGGAUGAGUGGAUCAUUGCACCUGAAGGCUACCACAUGAAUUACUGCAUGGGUCAGUGCCCCCAACAUCUGUCUGGUUCCCCGGGCAUAGCGUCCUCAUUCCACGCCACCGUCUUUAGUCAGCUCAAAGUCAACGGCAUCAACACGGCCACGGCUUCGUGCUGCAUUCCCACUGAGCGCCGGCCACUAUCCAUGGUCUAUUUCAACUCUCAACACAGCAUAGUCAAAACGGACGUCCCCGACAUGAUAGUGGAAUCGUGUGGAUGCACAUAAAAGACACAGCUUUUGCAUGUGUUGUAGACACACAGACUUUGAGAGACAUAAACUCACAUGCUAACAGUGGAAACAUGUCCACAUCUACAAAAAGUUUUAAUAUGUGAAAUGAGAAAUAUAUCCACAGAUGCUUAUUUUUCUAUAAUUUUUCUAUCAUUUUUACUAAUGCUUGGACGAUAAUAACAAUGCUUUAUUGGAGGUAAUAGGAAACAUGGUUUUGUGUGCAUUUACACACUGCCUUUGAUCGUUUCAAAACUGUUAUUAUAUCAGUAAAAAUGUAGGGACAAAGAAAUUACAAUUGUAUUCUAUUACAAUGGUUGUUAUUGAAAUUUACUAAGAUCACAGUCAAAUGAAUUGUUAAAUUAUAACAUAUUGAAAAAGACACUUUCCACAAUUGAUCAUUGUGAAUAUGUAGAUAAGCAGAACGCAACUAUUUAAAACAAAACUGGUUCAAAUCCCAUGUUUAAUGGAAACCAUUCAAACAUAUCAUCAUGGAAUUGUAAAACUGUAUUUAUUUUAUUCUUUUGCUCAUUUCAUAGUUGACGCAAAUCGCAAGUAUUUAAAACUGCUGCAGAUGGUGAGCUCAGUUCUCAAAGGGUAAAACUAUUGUCCAAUCCUGGCUUGUUGUAGAAGUUCACUGGCUCAAGACUUUAGGGCCUCUUUUGUUGUGUUUUUCAUGUUAUAAUGUGCUAUAUAUUUCCAUUUGUCACGUCUGGGCUGCAGGUAGAACAGUUUCAGUUAUAGGUUCUUAGUAUAGGUUAGUAUAGAGCCAUAACAUUUACACUUAUGAUGGCUUGUUUCGCACCUCAGUCCACCUUAACUCAGUUCCAAAGGAGAGUUUUGGAUCUUCAUAAUUGCCUGGAAACAGUGAUGAACUGUCUUCACUGACAAUUUUCAGAUGUGAUCUGAGCCCUUGCCAAGAUUUCUCCAACAGAUUGAUAUCAGAGUUGCCUCACGUCCAGAAGACCUAUGUCAUGUUUGUGUUGCACAAUUAUUCAUAUUGGUUGCCAGGUGUUCCACUGGAAGACUUUGUUGGUUUUUGCAAAUAUAUACAGUCACUUUCAGCUUUUGAUAUGUAGUCUUUUGAUACCAGAAACAUUAAUUUGACACAGAAGCACAAGUUUUCUUUAAAAAAAAAGAUGUCUUACUAUUUGUGUGCAUUUUUUUUAGAAUGAAUUCAUUUUGUUAAAAUGAAUUCCCUUUUCUAGUUUCAAGGACUUGGAUACAUUUCAGUGCCUAAAUCAUUGAACCAUUAUAUUUCUAUCAAACAUCUAGAAACUUAACUUGAAGUGAAGACUCAGGAUGAAACUGAUUUGAUAAAAUGAGUUUUGAUUCCCAAAGAGUCUCAUAUGUUUAACCAGCAUCUUCACUGUAUUAUUUACACAAGUCGGCUAAUCAGUUAGGUAGCUUUGACAGUUUACGAACUGAAGGUCAUUUCCAGCAGCGUGAGCAAACAUUUAGCUAUUGCUUCAGUGUCUUUUAAUGUGAAGGUCUGUGUGGCAGGUGGGUCAAUAAGCAUGUGCUGUUGCACGUUGGCAUGUGUGGUUUUCAAAGUCUAAAGUUCCAGAGAUGAUGUAAAUUUAGUAGCUUUGCAGCAACAGGUAUUCUCGCUGGAUCUGUUUAUAUUAUAAUCUGUUCACAUCUUUCUUAUAUCCCCAUAGUUCAUUUUAUGGCUUAUAAGGCUACAAUUUGCAAACCCAACUUUUAUUCUGACAGUGCUUUCAUUGUAAUAUUUCAAAAUAUAUUGCAGCAGAACAUCCAUAGUGUUAAAAUUGACCCACAGGGGUAGUAUAUUAAAAAAAUAAAUAAAAUGAAAACAAUGACAAUACAUUUAAAUGGUUUAAUAUUAAUUAAUAAACAAAGUUUCACAGUGACAACAGUGGAACAGCUCACAAACCAAGGAACAAUUACAAUCUGAUAUUUCAAUCUGAGUUUUCCAGAGUGAGGAAGACUGUUAAAGGUGUUUUGUGUGGUACAACUGAACUGAUCAUCACAGAUGGAAGGUUUCCCUUUGAUUUGUCACUUUUUCUUUACUUUUCUUUUAUUCUGGUAAGCACUUUUUGUCACAGGACUCAAUGUGACAUUGAAGUGCCAUUGUAACAUAACUUGCAAAGCACUUUAUCACCCUACUGUGAUUUUAAAGCAAAUUUUGCAUGACGGGUAUUUUACUGUACUUAUAACUGUCUGGUCCUCAAGUGUAAUCAGACCCACGGAGAGAAAAUGUCCACGUGUACUUUCUCAAGCUCUAGUUGUAUUUAAACAUGUGGUAUUGAACGUAUACUCACAGCACACAGAUGAUGUAACUGGUUGAAACCGAGCCAGUAUUUGAAUUCUUUGUCAAUUUAAACAUAUGAUUGGUGUCUUAAUUGUUUUUUUUUACAAAUAUAACUCUGUAUUUCAUGUACAAUGAAUGGUUUGCAAUAGCAUUUAUAAUAUGUUGAAACUAUAUUAUUGCUCGCAAAGUUUAUUUUUAAUAAAUAAAUAUAUAUUUUAAAUCAA